AUGGCUCAAGGGCGCGCCAAACGACCGCAUCAGAAGGUGAAGACAGGGUGCAUGACAUGUCGGAAACGGCGGAUAAAAUGCGACGAGGCCAAGCCAGCGUGUCGCCAAUGCACCGAUUCUUUACGCAAGUGCGAAGGCUACCAACCGCCUCAGACAUGGCUUUUCAAGCCUCGCAAAGCCGUCGACAACAAAGACGACAGCCUGGGUAAUGGCAUGACCACGACCAUCGUCCAGUUUGUCUCUCCUCUCGGGCCCGUGGGCGAUUCCAGCGACCGACGCUCUUUCCAGUUCUGGCACGAACAAGCCGCUCCUAUUUUCUCAUCUUACUUCGGUCAUUCUUUCUGGACCGACCUCUUGCCCAAAAUCGGCCUGGCACAGCCCGCUGUCAAGCACCUGCUGCUUGCCACUUCGUCUUUGGUUGAAUCCGCGGCACUCGAGGGUGUUCCCAUCGACAAGAACACAGUCUACCAGACUCACUAUACGAAAGCACUUCAAGCAACAUGUGCUUCACCCCAGAUCGAGAGUGUCCUAAUGGCCUGUUUACUGUUCGCCUGUUGCGAGUUCAUGAAGGGCUCAAUCCAACCUGGGCUGAGACAUAUCCAAGCUGGCUUGAACAUCAUAGACGAAUGGGUAAAGUCAACUCAGCAAACAGAUUUACAGAUCUCAUCAGCGGCCAAAUUGAUCCUCCAGACGAUAGGUCCGAUAUUUCUUGCAUAUAUUGACAAGGCACCCACCUACGGCAUGGGGGAUGUCCCCGUCAAAGAGUGCGCUUGCACCACAAUCAUCACUGGAGAGGCCGAACUGCCCUGUGUCGGACAGUUUACUGAAAUUCACCGAGCGCUUCAUGCAUUGGACGGUAUCGGUCAUCAUAUCGCAAGAUUGACGGACUUUAGAAGGCCGGCGUGGACGCCUUCACCGCGACACAAGGUCCAGACGCUAUUGGAAUCGUGGCGCAUGCAUUUUGAAACGUUCGAAGCAAACCUGAUGGACACUAGGAGACAGCGUUUCGCUCUGGCCCUUCAGUUGCUCAGAGUGCACUACACAAUGCUCUCAGUAAUGCUCCGUGCCUCGUCCAGCAAGCACGAGAGCGUCUACGAACAGUUUGGCGAAGAGUUCAAAUGGAUCGUGGACAAAUAUGACGACUUUGCAGAAGCUUGGAAGAGAGACGAAUCAACCAAGAUUUUUGGCGGUACUGGUAACCUCGACUAUCACAUGGGCUACAUUCCUCCUCUCUUCUUCACGGCCACGAAAUGCCGGGAUCCAGCUACACGCCUAGCAGCGUUGAAGCAUCUAGGGUCAUUGAGGGUGGCUGAGAACAACUGGACCAGCUGCACAGCAUACCUGAUUGCGAGGAAGGUCAUCAAAAUCGAGAACACAAGAGCCCUCAACAACAAACGGACUGGCCUCCGAGAUGAGCGGGACCUCAUCAGGCCAGUGGAAGCAUUCAUCUCAGACAAACACAACAAGCAGGCCGGCCUUGACUACGUGGUGUUCCCAUACGACUCAACUCCUAUGAUGCAGGAUACGAUCGAUCUACAGGCAUGUCCCUGGUCUGCAUCGACACAAUGGGUAAGUGCUCCAGGGACGGAACGUGAGAGGCCCGGGUACUGA